CACAGAACACAUUGAUCCUCUCCACGUGAUGUUACAUUUAUCAUUGGGCAAUGGGGCCAGUAAGAGAGAAAGGGGUAAAACGAGAGAGAGGGAGAUGUAUUUGUUUUUGUGAAGGCUGGAUUCCAACACAGAGGUACAUUUGGGAUUGUUAGAAGGUCUCCACAGUUCAACAUGGCUAAAAGGAACUCAAAACUCAAAUGGUUACUUCUCUUCCACCUCUUACUGUCCGAUGUGGUAUUUGGCAGAGCUCCACUCCCUCAAAGCAAACUGAGGCCUUCACUCACUUCAAAAAUGUUUCAAGUAGAGAAAGAAUCACAAGUAGUUGAAGAUGAUCUUUCUGCAGCCCAUCAGUUGAUCUUAAACCUCUCAGCCUCUCUACAAGGUCAGCUGGACCUCCAAAGCAAUGCAAGCUGUGCAGAGCUCUCUAAUGGAGGCUGGAAAGGAAAGGGUUUCUCUCAGGGGCUAUUAGGGUUGGCAAUAGUGCCAGUGCUGGUGUCAGCAGGAUGUUUGUUUGAAGCCCAAGUGUUGGUAAUGCAACUCUAUGCGGUGUUGGGGCAAAAUGAUACACAUGAAUAUUUACAGGACAUACUGGUGCUGAUCAAGAGAGGUAAAGAGAGGGAUUCAUCACACAUGGUCCAGCACAGCUUUACCAAUGGAUUCCAAAAAGCUUCAUCUCCUUCUAUGCUGAACUCUGAGUCACAGCGCCACCUACGGGCUGUUAUUUUUAACAUUCAUCAGCUAGCUGAGGUGGGUGAGAAAGAUGAGGGUAAAGUUGGGCGUAGGGGGCAAUGCUAUGGAUGGGUGAGGGUGAAAGGCACUCGGUUACUCGGGCAGGCGGCAGAACAGAGCAAGCGAUUGUGUCUUGAGGAAGCAUUGCAGACUUGUGGAAGUUUGGGAUUCCAAUGUGCAGGUGUGACGCAGGAUGGUGAUUCUGGAUAUUAUCAUGUUAUCUUGAGGCCCGGAAGCCACGUAGUGCCUUCAUUUAACUCUGAGAGCUGGAUUCAAACUUGCAAGGUGAGAUCUGUACGUUGGCGCAGAAAUGGGGGCCCUCAGCAUCAAUGUGUAAAUGAAAAAGAGGAGCGAGUGUAUACAGUAGUGGAGUGGAUUCCGGCAGUCUCCACACUGUAUAAUCUGGGAACAGCCGUUUACUAUGCUUCGGUUAGCUGCUAUGACACUGCAAAAGAGAGAGCCAUCUUCAGCACUGUGGAUCUGGGCACAGACGCGCUCAUGGCUGCAACGGGGGGAACCGCUGGAGUUGCCGGUUAUGCGUUGGGGGCUGGAUUAAAAACAGGUGUGAAGGCAGGGAUUAAAUAUCUUCUGAACAGCAUGAAAGAGGAAGAUGACCUUGUAGUGAACCAGAACAGCUGGGAAAACGGAACUAUCACUGUCCAAUAAAAGACCAAUGAGAAACCGAUGAAGAAAUUCAAGAACAACAGCUGCAUUGCUCCAGGGCCUCAAGGAUUAUUCCGUCUGUUUUAAAUAAUGUUUAGAUCACUCUAUUUGUCUAUAUGUUCAGUCAUAAUAAAUAUGUUCAGUUAUAAAUACCUUAAUAUUCAAAAGGUAUUUAAUGACA